UCUUCUCUCCCAACACAAAUUUACUAACAUUCUAAAAGAAAAUCAUGUCUUCUACAACCACACGUAAGAAGACUGACCUCAUGAAACUAAUUAUGUCAGACUACAAGGUGGAAAUUAUUGAUGACAACAUGCAUAAAUUCUUUGUGUUUAUGAAUGGACCUCCUAACAGUUCUUAUGCUGGAGGUUUGUGGAAGAUACGAGUUGAGCUUCCAGAUGAUUAUCCAUAUUCGUCUCCAUCAGUCAUCUUUGUUAACAAGAUUUACCAUCCAAAUGUUGAUCAAGUGUCCGGCAUAAUCUGCGUAGAUGUGCUUAAUCGGACAUGGAGCCCCAUGUUUGACUUGGUGAAUGUGUUUGAGACAUUUCUUCCCCGACUCUUGUUGUAUCCAAAUGCUGCUGAUGAUCCAUUGAACACAGAAGCAGCUGCUCUUAUAUUAAAUGACAAAGAGACUUAUGAAAAAAAAGUUAAAGAGUGCCUUGAACGAUAUGCAAAGCCGGUGGAUGUUGAGAAAAAAAGUGACAAGGAGGUUAGCGCAGACUCUGGAGAAGAUGCUGGAACGUCUGCGGCUCUAGGCCCUAUCAAACCAUAUUAGCCUUUGCAUCAUGUUAGCUUCUCCUAUGGUUUUUUGUACAUUGGUGUCGUACAAAGCCCAUAGUAGUGAAAUCAAGCUGAAUGAUCACCUGUUUCAACUAGCAAAUAAAUUUCAAAUUCUAGAAAUCAGGAUUCUAAGGUGGUGUUGAAAAACGAUAACGGCUUGGUUG